AUGUUUGAUGUUGCUGAACGUCUUUGGGAUCUGCAGACAGUGCGGAUGGAACGGCAGUGGAAUGAACCAACAGGCUUCGAAGAUCAAGAGGACGUUUUAGAGGCCGUUCUACAAAUUCUGCAUGGCCGUAGGGCCACAGUGGAGACGGAUGGCAAGUCUCGGAAGCGCAAGGGUGCUUUGGAUGAUGCCGACAAGGCCUUUCUACGUGGUCUCAUGCGAAGGUAUGGCUUGGAACUGAUAGAUCAUCCGGAAAAGCCGUGUCUGUGGCAGGAAGUGUUCACCAAAGCAGAUUUUCUGCAGACACUGUGGUUCGUCAUACAGCGACUUCUGCAUCCACGUGCAUCUGGCGAGUUGACGGCUCUGCGUUGCCUCCAUCAACCUGAUCGCAUUGCUGCACUUAGAGCUUCCAGGAGUCGGGCCUUGCGAAGGAAUGGCGUCCAUGCCGAUGUGUUGUCCCUGCAUCAAGAGUUGCUGGAGUGGCAAAUGGACACGGGGACGAGUAGACUGCCGAAUGAAUCUGAAGACAGGCCUUUGUCUUCGAAGAUUGACAGCUACAAGGAGAAGGACAGAAGGAAUCGCAUCUCAAGCAUGAAGAAGGCUUAUCCUCCUGAUUUUGAACCUUUAGAGCAGUUGUCCUUGGACUGUCUUACUGGAGCAGGUGACUCAUCGACAGGUGUGCAGUGGCGUUCUGAGUUUGAAGAGCAACUUAUGCUUUCUGUACCUGGCUGGACAGAGGAUGCAAAGAAAAGUCGCACUUUUCAUACAUUGCAAGAAGUCCUCCAAUGCGGCGAUGUGUUUCUUCAACAAUGUUUUGCGACGCUGCAAUCUUAUGGAUUGUCUCUUCAGCGCAAAUUGAGCGUUCUUGCUGCCAAGUUGCAAUGCACUCCUAGCAUACCAGGUGUGGCGGAAGCUAUGUCCACUCGAUUACUCUCAACUCCACAGGACACAGAGGAGAUGGAGCUCAACAGAUAUGUUUGUCGGUUGUGCGACUUUCAAUGUGCAGACAAGGAAGUCUUGCAAGAGCACAUCAAGGACGCUCAUUCGAAUGACACUGAGGUUGCAAGAGCAUGGGUGGAAUAUCGCAAGAAAGUUCCCUCUUGGACUGUGCAACGCAGCUUGAUGGCCAAUGCGGAUGCAGCAUUGCGAGAGCCAGGACGGGAUGGAGCACUGCGUGAGGAACGGGCAUGUGUGGUUUGCGCUCGUAGAUUCUGGAGCGAAGAGUUGCGUCCAGUUAUUUUGUUCCAAGAUCCAGCUGCUGGAGCUCCAGAGACGGUGGACGGAGAAGAGGAAGAUCAGCGAGUGAAGAAGAUUGCACCUUCGCAACAACGUCGACUGUGUCGAGUUCUGGGCGUACAGCGCUACCUGGAGCGUUGGCCACAGCUACAGGCCCGUCCAGAGGCCAUUGCAGAGCUGAAGGCAUCGGCGGUCGAGCAUCCAUUCUUGAAGGAGGAGCUGCUCCUUUUACAUCGACGCCGAAUGCCAGCUGAUGUCAGGGACCCAUGCGACGUUUGCCGAGAAUGCUGUGGUCCCUUGACAUCAAGCAUGGUGAGCCUUCCUCGGUACAGCUUAGCCAAUGAUUUGUGGAUCGGUCGACAACUUCCAGCUUUGAGAAACUUGGCAGCGGCCACCAAACGUUUGUUACCAAUGGUGCGCACCUGUCUGCAAGUCACUGUUCUGCAGCCCGGUAACCUCGUUCGAGAGGAACGGCAGAAGGGCUUCAUCGGCAACAGCAUCUUUUUGCCGCAGGCUGCGCCCACAGCCAUUCGAGCUGUCCUUCCGCCGCCAGAACAGGACAUGCAGGAGUCCAUUCUCUUUGUUUUGGUCGGCGAUGGACAGAACAAAACAGCCCUUCAAAGCAGUGCAUUGUUGAAGGCCCCUCGUGGCGAGUACGAAUCUGCAGUUCGAUGUCUUCAAAGCACUUCGCCGUACUACGAAGAAGUCACGCUUCGGGACGCUGGUGAGUCUACGUUGCAGGGUUGCAUUUUGGAAACCGGUGUCAACAGCUACUUAGCCAAACAGUUGCUUCAACAGGGCCCGGCUGAUGCACAAGGACAAGAGGAUGAUGAUACCGAAGAAAAUCAGGAAGCGGAACCAAUGGAAGAUGCAGGUCACUUGGUGUCGAGCAUCGUGGGCCUCAAUGAUGGUGAGGACGAGCAAUGCAAAUGGUUGAAAGUUGGUCGUGAUAUGCAAGAGCUCUGUCGUCGCAAGCCUGGAUCCCGACUCAGUGUGGCACAACAAGUUUGCAGAGAUCGAGAUGGCAACGUGGUGUCUGAUGGCUCAUCUGCCCGGAGUUCUCAACUCCUUGGUCGCGAAGGACUUCGAGAGCGACAGGCCCUAGGGCAGAUCAAGAGCAUCCAAAGUCUGGCGGCCCAGUCUGCACAGAGUCAUCGGCAGGUGGAAGCGGACAUGUUCCAAGUCCGACCUUCCAAACUGGUGGUGCCGUCACAAGGGUCGCCUGCUUCUAUGUUUGAGCCUUCGACCUGGGCAAUGGCAUUUCCGGACUUGUUCCCCUGGGGCGAUGGAGUUCCAUUUCUGAAGCGAGAGACUCGCAUGGAUGCAGCAGAGGUCUUCCGAUACCUGCUCAUCCGCGAGGAGCUGCAGUACAAGCUACCGUCAGAGUCGGAGCUUGUUUCUGCCCCUUUGCCACGAUGGUCUCUAUCAGUGGCUCGCCAGGAGACAUUGUUGCCUGUGAUGUACGAUGUGCAGCGACGAUUGGAGCUUAUGAAGUCUACCAAAGCAUAUGUGCAGCGUCGUGGCUUCGCAAAGCAUCUCAAUCUCAUCGCCAAUGUGAGCACAGAAGAUCUUUUGAAGGCAAUGGCAUUGCAUGGGGAAGCUGCGGACAUUCGAACUCUGAUGCAAGAUGCCAAUGUAGAUCCAGCUUUGAAACGUGCUCUGGGCGGAGUGCUGCAAUCAACCGCCAAUAUCAUCGGCUUGGAAGGACAUCGCAGUCAAAUUCGACUUCGUGGUCAUGCAGCCGGUUGGCACUAUGGCAAUGCGCAUCUUUUUGUCACACCCAAUCUGGCUGACGUUCGUGCACCGUUGAUGUUGCAGCUGCAUCUGCAGACGAAUGGCAUUGCCGAAGUGGAGGCACAGAGUAUUUGCUUGGAUUGGGACGAUGAAAUCCCGGGCUUGCCUACGGCUGCGACCAUGCGAAGAAUCAUUGCUCGAGAUCCAGUGUCCCAGGCUCGGUUUUUCCAUCUUAUGAUGAAGAUCUUUUUCGAAGAGCUGCUUGGCAUCGAGCCGACUUUUCAAAAGGAACGGUAUGCAGUUGGAUUUCCACGCUGCUUCGAAGAUGGCAUGGCAACUUCAUUGUAUGGUGGCAUCUUUGGUGAUAUUGCUGCUUUGUGCGGCCCGCUCGAAACGCAAGGACGUGGAUCCAUGCAUCCACAUAUCCUCAUCGUCUUGCUGGGUCAUGACCUCAUCAGUCGUGCGCACACCUUGAUGCGUCGCAUUGGACAUGGCGAGCUGGUGGUGGAACUGCAAAGGUGGAGUCGCAAAGUGUUGGAAGCUGCUGCGAAGAUUCGCUGGGACAGUCAAUUGGCUUUGUCCGAUUGCUUGAAUGUAGAAGGUACACCUUUGCCGUUUUCCGAAAAGCAACGCAGUGAGUGUGGCAAACAAUAUGCGGAGGUACCGCUUCAAGCAACGGAACCAGAUGGUCAUGAGAUCAUUGCCGAUCGAGAACAACAAGUUGGUCCUCCACGUUUGACUGGCUGCUUUGCAUCGCUGCGACCGCGAUAUCUACGACGCAAACUUCAUGAAGAGUUUCCCCGUGAAAUUUGGAAGACUGCCUUUUGUUCUGAUUAUCGACGACUGGUGAUUCAGAAUCAUUUCCACAAGUGCACAAAGUCGUGUUUCAAGAAGAGUGCCAAGAAGGGAAAGCGAGGCUGUCGAUUUGGUUGCUUUCAUGUCGAACUUUUCAAAGACGAGACGGAUGGGAAGAUGAAAACACGUUGCUAUAAAGGAUGGCCUCGAGUUCAAGAACCUCGAUUUGUUCGAUUGCCUCAUGAAACAGCCGAUGUCACAUUGCUGGAGCAUUUCAAAAAUGAGAAUCCACACGUCACGCAGCCUCGCCGUGAUCAUCCUUUCGAGGGCAUGAGCAAUCCUGCAGCUCAAGUGGUCAUGCGAUGUAACGUGGAUGUGAAGUAUUUGGGUCGUGCGUUCGAUGCAGCUGAUUUGGAGAAAGUAGCAUCAGAAGUCGGUGGUUUGUCCGCACUGGAUCCUCAAGCAUUGCCUGAUACUGAUGCUGAGCCACAACAGUCUACAAGUGCCUCCAGUGUUGAUGUCCCAAUGCACGACGUCAAUUUGGACAGUGGAGAUGUCGAUGACAGCAUGCAAGUUGUUCGGGAACAGGUGAAAAAGCGGAAGACUGCCACCAUGAAUGCUUUGGGCCCUCACAAAGAUACUUCGCAGUUCUCGCAUACCAUGGAGCGGAUUCUGAUUGAUAUGUUUCGUGACAUGGAGGAUGUGCAGUUCUACACUGGUGAGUAUGCAAGUAAGAAAUUUGAGGUCUCCAGAAACUUGCUCCCUGAACUGUAUGCUGGUGUGCAGAAGUUGGAAACAGAAGAGACCGAGCGUCUCCAAAGUGCCAGCAUCGCAGAAGAUGCAACUGCGCCCCAGGCAGCGUCCUCUGCCAACCUGCCUGGGGGUCAGCAGCAGCACAGGGCACUCAGCAUCCUCCGACGCCUGGCUUUCGGCAUGCAGCGAUGCGUUGCAAAAUCCAACGGAGAGAUGGCGUACCAGCUUUUGUACGAACAGGAACAGUAUGUGACGUUUGGAGGGUACAACAUGUUCUUCCGCUACAUCCCCUAUGCAAUCAUGCAAUGCCGAUUGCAAGCACUCACGGAUGCGUCAGCCGACCAUCCUGAGUGCGCCGUGCCACCCCUCGAUGUCCCGCCUCCUGAUGCAGCGGCAGCCUUGCCCAUUCAGGAGGUGGCGGACAUCGAGGAGGAGGUGGACGGCAGGGGAAGCAAGAAGCAGCAACUGGCACACUUCAACCAGAAAGAUGACUUCUUGCAUCGCGGUUCCCAUCCACUGCUUCGUUCCAUGUCGCUGCUGAUGUAUUCCAGGUUUGUUCGACGUGUGGAUCGCUCCAAAGCAGGUCAGGCCGAUGGAUUGCAGUUCUUCGAGUUCGAUGCACACUAUCCACAUCACCGUUCUUCGCUGCAAGAGGUCCGACUUGCGGACAACAAUGUGGUCGUGCCAACCGACCUUCGUCUCCCGGCCGACCACGAGACAGAAAAGCUGGCUGCUUACAUGUUGGGCUUGACUUUUCCGUUCCCAACUUGCACCGGCGAUUGCAACAACUCGCAGCAUUGCUUCGCUUGUCAUGUCGUGGAAGUACAUGAAAGCCGUCGGGAGAUCACUGCACGAUUUACACCCGUUUGGCGGCAUUGGAAUGCCAGCAUGAAAGUUCGACAAGAAGCAGCGCAGACAAGAAUUUUGGCUGGUCUAUCCGUACCGGUGUUGCGAGAUGUUGUUGGUGUGCGAGCAUGGUACAGUGCAAAAGCAACUCCUGGACGUCGUUUGUUCGCCGACUUCAUGAAGAAGCUUGCGCAGCAACAUCUGGGUCGGGUCGAAAGCGUGUUUGUGGAUAUUCCCCGCAUUCAUGAGCUGAUCUGUAUGUAUUUGAAUGUCGAGCCACAGUCGCACUAUUCACAGUUGACUCCUUUGGAACACUUGUGCACUUUGCAGUUAUCGUGGUUGGAACGAUACAGGUUACACCAGGCGGCACGGCGACUCAGCAGCAGUCAACGUCGCGCCGAGCGCUUCGCCUACAUGAGCAAUGUUGACAUGGAAGAAGCCGAUCCAGAGGAGGAUGAGACGGGUGCGGUGGACAUUGAAGGCGAAGAUGCAGAUGAUGACAUGCAGCACGCAGAUGCAUUGGAACGCAUGGAGUGUGCUCCACAUCCAAUCCACAAAGACUCUCUGGCUGAUGCUUUGUUUCGUGAUCGUGAGUGGUACGCUGUCAUGGCGAACUCCAAGGCGAAGGCGUUGAAAACUUCUCUGCAGAAGUUGAUGCAAUUUGUGAAUUGUUUGGGUGGCGUGCCCGAUGUCAAGCAUGGUAUGGGCAUCCGAAGCAAUGGCACGACUGAGCUGGAUCGGACAUGGAGUCACGCAGAUACUGGACGAAUUUUUGCGGCGCAAAAGCAAUAUUUGGAAUACAUUGCCGGAGGCUAG